AUGCUGAUGCCAGCUUACCUCCUGCUCUUCCUCCUGCUGCCCCUGGACGGGGCGAGGACAGGCCUCUCCCACAAGGUCUACAAAGCCAGGCCCGUCUUCAGCUGCCUCAACACAGCCUUGUCUGAGAUCCGGAAGAAUCCGUUGGAGGACAUGCCCCUGCUGAGCAAGAGGGCCUUCUACCCCCUGCCCAGUCAAGAUCCAGCUUCGGGAGAGGAGGAGGAGGAACAGGAGAGGCAAGACAAGGCCAAGAGGACUUUCCUUGGCUCUGGGAGUGGCGGUGCAGCCGCAAAUGCCAGGUACAAAUACGCGUCCCAGGCCCAGCACAGAGGGAAGGCGUCCCAGGACAAGGCCAAGGGCGACCGGCGCACCAAGUUCACCCUGUCCCUCGACGUGCCCACUAACAUCAUGAACAUCCUCUUUGACAUUGCCAAGGCCAAGAACCUGAGGGCCAAGGCAGCUGCCAACGCCCACCUGAUGGCCCAGAUUGGAAGGAAGAAGUAG